AUGUCCCUCUCAGGCCCACAGGUGGUUCUGUGGAAGUUAGAUGAUCGUAUCCAAUCUUCUAUCAGUGGUUGGGAAGCUUUGCUGAAAGAAAUUGCCUGGGACGGAACCUUCACGCAGAAGAGGGUAUGGCCCAGAACAAGUACACAGGGGUUGAUGUCCAGGAAAGUUCGGGAAGCCGUUUUCUUGAUGCUCAAAGAGGCCACCUUGCUGAGGACUCAUAUUAACUUCAUCUCAGACAUUCUGGACACCAAAGUGAACCUCCGAGUUGCAAGGCAGGCGGCUGAAGACUUGAUCCAUCGAGUGGAUUUGUUGGUGGAGAACCUUGGGGCGAUGAGCCAGGUGAUGGACAGCAUCUCACUCAGCAAAGCGCCUUCAAAAUUACGGCGACAACUGCAGCGAAAGGCCCGUGACAGGGAGGAGGUUGUGAAAUGCUACUCUGUGGUGGUUGCUCGGCAUGAGAAGUAUAUCCCCAUCAUGGAAGAGCUGAGCUCAGCGUUGAAAGACGCCACUGACAAGCUUGUGGAAGCUCGUCAACGAGGUGUGAAGUACUCGCCAAAGGAUACAGGACUCCUUGAUGUUCUGACCAAGUUCUACCUUGUUCUUCCCGAGGAGGAGCAGACGCGAUUCACAAGACUCAAACAGUGGCUGAAUCCGUUCAACUUGUUCCGGACCCGUUUGAAGAUUGACAAACUUGUGAAAGCGGAUGCGAAAGAUUGCUCCUUUCGCAAGGUUCGAAAGAUGACGCGAAGUGGCUUGUGGAAAGAGUUUCAGACUUGUUGCACUGAACGGACACAACAAGUUCUUGGCUGGGAGACCAACAUAAGAAUCGUGAACAUGCAGAUCACCAAGGUUCUGGAUAUGAUGGGCUAUGUGAAGGGAAACUUGCUCACACGCAACAUCCGGAAGGCCUUCAGAUAUACCAGGGCAGUGCUUUUGGGCAUUGAGCAAAAGCGCAGCAUUUGGAUAGAAGAGGAAGCAGCGGACAUGUUGCUGGGGACUUGGAAAGACUUCCAGAAGGCGGUCGAUGAUGAAAAGGCCGGGAAUCAAAAACGCGGCGCAACGUUUCGCCAGAUGACGGAGGACAUGUACAACUCUGUGGGUGACCGCGGUGUACGACAAGGCCUUUUCAAAGAGUUGAGGUUCGACGUGGUGAAGCGCAACGCCCAGGAAGAACUUCAGCGUGGCAAGGAUGAAUUUCUGGCACUGCGUCAGUUGCUCUCCAGCCUCGCCGGGCGCAUUGCGAUCGAAGAAGACAAAUUCCCAGAGUUCACCGUGGAGGGCUACGACCAGAGUAAAAAGACAACAUACGUACUAGUGGACACAGGCCGGUGCGAGGACGAGCCCAACCGUCGGAAAGCCUCAAAGUGGGAGUGUGAGAGAGAAGGCUCUGCAUCUUUGGGCUUCAAGUUCAAGAAGAGGAAAUUCUUCAAGUCCUCAUCACCUGCAGGCUGUUUGGCUGAAAAGAGAGACAGGUCGACCUUCAAAGACAAGGCCAAGGGCGGUACAUGUGACGCCUACUACAAGUGCAUUUGUGUAGCAUUGAAGAUGGCGGCGACCGAGGCUGGGCGGUGUCCAAAGCACCUCCUGGGCAGACUGCUGGACGACUACCGUUCAUCUCCGCCAGAGAACUCCAUGCAAUGUGUGCUCGGUUAUGGUCCUCCGCAGCUGCGCAAAUCACCUGCAGCCAUCGCGAUGCAGGCCAGGCGGACGCGGGUGAACGGGACUGGGCAACCAACUGGCCAACCAAGCGGCCAUCGGCCAUUGAGUAGAGUGUCAACUGCAAGCGCUAGCGCUCCCUUGCUCUUGGAGGAUGCAAGGCUUCAGCGGAUGGGAUCUCGCCAUAGCCAGUUCAGCAGUCAGCUUCAACUACAGGAUUGGAGUCGCCCGCAAACAGCCUUCGCCAUCCAGGACUGGAACAACAUUGGGCAGCUGGCAGCUUUGCAGGAUCAUAGCCGUCCAUAUACUGCUCAAGACCUUGUGGCCGUGGUGGAGCGGCGCCUGGGAGAUGAUGCAGGAAGAGGUCAAGGCGAAUGGGAUAUGAUUGAGGCGAGGUCGGUGCGGAGCAACAGCCGGCCAGGCUCCAGCCACUCGCGGCAACAUAGUCCUGGACCUCCCAGCCGGUCCUCGUCCAAGGGACCUGGCAGUCGAAGGUCUUCUAAAGGCCCAGGCAGUCGAAGCUCCUCCAAGGGACCUUCGCGGCCCAUCAGUGCGAUAGGAUCGCUUGCUCUCAGUAGCGCACACAGACCCUCCACAUCUUCUGGUGCUUUGGCUUUGGUUGACAAAGGGAGGAGCAGGAGGAGCUCCAAGUCGAGCCGACGCUUCUCACGUGCCUCCAGGUCCAGCCGUGCCUCCAGCCAUGGGAGUCACACAGAUGACGAGGAUCCUGUGUCGCCCUCCCAGAAGCCGCUAAAAGACCGGAAGUUGUCAUCGGGCGCAUGCCUUGGUCUGGGUUUGGCAGCCUUCGAGCAUCGCAAAUCGAAAAUGCUCCUCAGAUCAGAACUGCCGGAAGAGCCCAAGGAAAGGCCCAACACGGCCUCGAGAAGACCAUCAGAGGCUUCAUCUCGAAUGUCUCGAAGGACAACUGAGGUGGGGACUCCGCGAAGCAAGGUGGAGGAGAAGGCCCCGAAGAAGGGCGAAGCUUCAUCUCCAAAUUCAAAGGAGACCAAGGGCAUCUUCCGGGUUCACAUGGAGGCCAAAGCCAAAGAAGCCUUCCAGAAGAGGAACAAAGGAACAACUGUCGUCCUUGGUGGUGAAGAUCAAGACCCAGUGCAACUCCCUGGCCAUCAUUUGUUGCCUGCUACGGUGCGAGCUUUAGAUCUACCAACAGCCUUGGAUAUGUUCGAGCACUAUGACAAGAUACGUGCCCAUGGGAGCACAGGCUUGCUGGAUCGCAGGGCUUUUGCGGAGAUGCUCUUUGCAAUCGCGCAGGGCAAGGAAGCGAUGACAGAACAGUGGAGUAACGCGAUAUUUGAUGCCCUGGACUUCGAACAACGGGGCUUGCUGGAUCGAGAUCAAGUUCUAGGAUGGGAGUUUGCAAUGCAUAACAACUAUCACAGCAAUAUCCGCCGGAGAUUCCACAAAGUUGUGAACGACACACAGGUCCGAGAGCUCCUCGAAGCACUGGCUGUUGGCAGCGGCUUCCGAAAAUUGGAGCAGUUGCUGGUCACCAAAGAGGAGUUGUGGUUUGUGGUGGAUACCGGCCGUGUGCCGCUCUCGCGUAAAGCAUCCGACGAGCUCCACGCGUAUCUGUCCAUCGGGCAUGACGAUGAAGGUCUUGAUCCUCAUGAGUUUCUGAACUGGCUUUUCCCUGGGCGUGAGCUGCGAACGCUGCAGCAGAAGGUGGAUCAGAUGCGUCAGCAACAACCACACGUGGAGGAUCUCGAUGAAGAACCGGAGCCAGUGCUGCAGAAAAACUACACAGCUCCAAAGCGGCCGUUAUGGGAGAAUGGGCUGAAGCUGCCCAUCGUGAUAGAGUUCACGAUCGCUCAAAAUUGUCUUGCCAAGAUCCACUUCAUUGAGGAAAACCUGGAAGCUUUCAGCGAGCUGCAGCUUGAAGUGACCAUUGUCUUGGAUGACACCCUGAGGGAGACAUGCAACAAAGUGGUGGCAAAGAUUGGCCGUGAGGUUUGCCUUUGGGAUGCUGGUACCAUGACUCCCUACAGAGAGGACCCCUUUGAAACCAAGGCAAGUUCAUGGGCAUGGCUGAAGAAGUACCUCAUGACCCUUUGCCCGGAUGCGAUUGAAGCAUCCCAAGUGGCAUUCUUGAAGGGUCAGAAGAGACAAUUGCAACGGAUGAAGAAAGCCUCAAAAGCACGCAGACAGUCGAGUGCCCCCAUUGAAGCACCAGAUGAGCCGUGA